AGGAGGCCCUCAACUGUAGGGGGGGAAAAUCAGUCAAUGAAAGAUGCACGCAGCUUCCCACGGGUCCGUUGCGCGGGGACUGGGAGUGGGUGAUGUGGAAAGGUGGGGGUGGUAGAGGCUGCAGCAAGCGGCUGCAAAAAAAAAAAAAAGCCGCACAAGCAGACGACGCUUGUCGCACGCAGCGAAACGGAGGACAAAGAGGACCAACUUGUCGCAGACCGCGGCAUCUUCCGGCUGCAGCGGCGCGACUGCGACAGAUCCUGCAGCAAGGUGCUAGAUGUCAGUCUUGCCGCCCUGCCGCGCAGCGUUGUCGCACGCCGCCUCACCACCGCCAGCUCGUGCAGUUCCAUUUCCGCCACCUCGGAGUCGCAACGCUCAUCAUGUCACUAACAGUUGCAACAACAUCCACAUCAGCGGCUCGUACCCGCCUUUGUGAACAGCCUUGUGCUCUCUCUCUCUCCCCUCCUCCACCCCUUAAAGUGCCUAUGACGUGUCUUGUGGGAGGAUUCUGAUCGUUCAGUCACAGACUGAAAACCUCUUCUGUCCCGGAGGAAAAGAUAUUUUCUGAGUCACAAGGGGAAGACUGGGGAAGUAUAAAAGAGACAAUGUGACCCGAUGGAAAGGACGACUUCACAUGUGGAUAUACAUGACUGAGAAAGGUUGAAAUAUGCAAAGAAACCCUACAGGAACGGCCAACAUCCGUUGCAGCAUCUUGUGAAAUCUGCAUGAAAAGGAAACAAGAAAUAAACUCAAACAAUCAGAGAACUGGUCAGGGUGGUCAAGAUUCUGGACUUCACCAGUCAGCAACAUUGGUCAUGAAGAACGUGUACACAGUCCUUGACCAAAAAGUAAGAAUCAGUGACAAGAAUAUUUCAAGAACCAAAAAGAAAGUAAGAAACACAGAGAAAACUCUAAAAUAUCAAUGUUUCAGAGAAGGACAAGAUACAACGUUCGCAUCAUCAGGAGCCAGAAGACUGAAGCCUGAUGUCUUGUUAAACAUUUUAGAAAAAAAUUAUUAAUGUUUCACGAUAAAUCAGACAAGAAUCUGAAAUGAUAAGUUUCACGUGACAUCGAAGACCGUGCGUGUCUUAACAGUUUGAAGGUAGCGGUGGUCGUCAGAAAUGUUGCUGCAGCCAUGGCGGUGGUGUCGCUCCUUAACCAGGCGCCGUACCGGCGCACCUUCAGCAGCCGCGAGCGCAUCAAUGCCGACGGCGAUGAAAUGUGGCUCCACCAUCGAGGUGACCGCGACGGCCAGAGGGGGAACCUGCUCACGGCCCCCAGGCCCCCAACCUGCGUCAGCCAGACCGGCGAGCAGCUACCUCGAGGGCACAAGUGCCAGCUAGAGACCUGCGACCGAAUUACGAUCAACGUCAGUGGUCAGUACUUCGAGACGUGGCGGACCACCCUGGAGCGGCACCCGGACACGCUGCUGGGCGACCCGUGCAAGCGGCAGAAGUUCUUCGACAAGCAGAAGAACGAGUACUUCUUCGACCGGCACCGGCCCACCUUCGAUGCAAUCUUCAACUACUACCAGUAUGGCGGUCAGCUCAAGCGGCCGCCGCCUGUUCCGGACGACAUCUUCCUGUCCGAGUUGGACUUUUUUGAGAUCGAACGGGAGGUGGUGGAACAGUACCGCAAGAACGAAGGCUACGUGGCUGAAAAGAUGUUGCUGCCAGAACGGGGGCUGCGCCGCAAGAUCUGGAUGAUAAUGGAGUACCCAGAAACUUCCCUGGCUGCCUACGUCAUGGCCGUGACGUCUGUGGUCGUCACCACCGCAUCCAUCGCCAUCUUCUGCAUCGAAACCUUGCCGCAGUUCAAGGUCAAUAACUGCGCAUCCGACGGCAAGCCGAUCCUGGUGGAACCCUUCUUCAUCCUGGAGACUAUCUGCACGGCUUUCUUCACUCUGGAGCUGAUAGUCCGAAGCAUCGUCUGCCCGAGCAAGAAGGACUUUAUCAAGGACUUCAAGAACAUGGUGGACGUUACGGCGGUUAUACCUUUCUACGUCACGCUUUUCAACCUGCUGGCCACCACGGACUGCAAGAACUCCACUUCCGGUAGCAGCCUUGCCUUCCUGCGGGUGAUUCGUCUGGUCAGGGUCUUCAAGCUGACGAAGCACUCCGCGGGGCUGCAGGUGCUGAUCUUGACGUUCAAAGCCAGCGUCGGCGGGCUGGUCCUCUUUCUCGUCGCGCUAGUCGUCUGCAUCCUUCUCUUCUCGUCUGCCGUUUACUUCGCGGAGCUAGGCAUUCCUGGCUCCCAGAUCAAGUCCAUCCCGGAAGGCUUCUGGUGGGCUAUCAUUACCAUGGCGACGAUAGGAUACGGCGACGUGGUUCCGGUGGGGCCUUUGGGGAAAGUGGUGGGGAUGAUGUGUGCAUUGGCUGGCGUGCUGACGUUGUCUAUCCCCGUGCCGUUCAUAACGGAAAAUUUUAACAAAUUCUACGCUCACAAGACGGGCCGGGGACGGUUACAAUGAUGUGAAUCCAUGAGUGUACAUUCUUUAAAGUUCUGGUGGCUGGAAAUGAAAAUAAAGAUGUUCUACUAUUGCUACAUCUUCUAAGAUAAUUAUCCAUCUCGUGUGUAUUCUGCAUAGGAAAAGAUCUGUUGAGUGUGUCAAUCCUUCUGUCAAUCCAAAGAGAAGGAGGAUCUAUUCCCCCAACGAAUAAAAUGUCGCGUCAUCAGAAAAUGCAAAAAGGGAUAAACUUAGAUUCUUCACUACCGAAGAAGUUUCUGGUCGAACUUUUGUUGAUUUAUUUCCACGGACCGCUCGCCUUUCUAGACACGAGAAAUAGUCUCUUGAGGACACAGUGGGCCUCGUUUUGGCAAAAGUAUGUUUAUGGGCUUGACGAUGCUGUCUACCAAAACUGUCCGCUGUGGCUUCCCUUGAGUCCCCAAUCCCUCGCAACCCUUCCCCACCCAACGACUUCUCAGGUCAAGGGACAGAAGAGGACCGAUUGGCCAAACCUAACAGCAGAUUUAUUUAUUCUGCGUUGAAUAUGGAAAACGCACACAGGAGCGCAGUGCUCGAGCUGGCUUCUAAAUGAGUGCCCAGACUUUGGCCUGUAAUUUUCUCAAAUUAAUAUUUAGGGUUUCUUUUUCUUUUGGCUUUUUUCUCUGUCAGUUUCUAGCUUGAACUUUCCUUGUUAUCAAUCUUUUUUUUCUCUCUCUCUCCCUGUUUUCAAGCAACGAAAGAAGCAGAAGACGGAUGAGUGAUGAGAACACGAGGGACAAAAUGUGAACGCUUCAAAAUAAGGACACGGGUUUUUCAAGAACUUCUUUCUCGCCGAAUUCAGCAACUCAGAACACGUGGAGAUUUUAGCAGCUUCGCGCCUUCGAUUCACUGGCAGAUCUUUCAUAUUGCACCUUCUUCAACCUUGGGGAUUCAAAAGAAAAUGUUGCACUUCAGGAUUAUGUCAUGAUUGGCGCAUGCAGACACUUCACUGGCCAAAAUAUCCCAUGCCAUCACCUGCACUUUCAUUACAUAGGGGGCACUUUAUACGAUUCUCUUUUCAUCGGUUUUUUAUUUUUUUAUCAAGUAAAGUUUUCAAGCUUUCACUUUUGACUACUCAUUUGUUAUAGUAAGUAUUUAUUUGUUCAUUUUUCUAUCUACACUUGAGUUGUUUAACUAUGAAAAGAGAAUACUGAAUUUGGUGAAUGAAUAAAUCAUUGAGAAGGAUCUUGAUGUAGACUGAAAUGCAUGGCUUAGGGGUUAAUUCAUCUUUUCAUUGUAGAAGCAAAAUUUUCUGGCACAAAGUUUAGCAUGUUGAUGUAGCAUCACUGACACUCAACUCGACAGGACAUUGACCUUUGCCCUUACAAAGGACACCCACACCUGGGCUCCAGCGUGUAAAGUGUGGGGUGUGAGGUGUGGGGUGUGAGGUGUGAGGUGUGAGGUGUGAGGUAUUAGAGACCAAUUUAUUGUGUAUGGUCCCACACAUGAUCGCGAUGUCUUCAGAAAGAUAAUUUGGUCAACACCAUGGGGAAUUUUGUAAAUUAGGCAGAAACGGUAUCGUAGGAGCUGGGUGAGGUGGGAAAAACAUCUUUCUUAUUCUUUGUGCGAGUGAGUGAAUGAGUGAAUGGGUGAGCGAACAAACAAACGAUAUUUAUUAGACCACCAGCCCAUUUCAAGGGGUAAAUAGUUUUACAGUUUCAUAAAUAAAAAAGCUUUUAAGUCACGAAAAAAAAAAUAAUGAUAACGUAUUGUAGUUUUUUAGGUAGUCUAUUUACGGGCAUGUUCAAACUCUGUAGCCAGUAUUUCAUAGUUUUUACAAUGGUGGAGGGAGAGUGACAGUAAGUAUUAGUCUGAAAAUGAUAAUAAAACCAUGUUUUUUUAAAAUAUUGUUUGCAUACUUUUACCAGUGGUCCUUAUUUUUUCCAAAGAAGCUAGCAGCACGCAGUGAUUCCAUUUUAUGUGUAGCAGUAUAUUUAUUCUCUUUUUUAUUAAGUAGUCGUAUAAUAUAUUUGUACAAUUUUUCAUAUCUUUUUAUGUGUUGGGUAUCUUUUAGUCUGUUAUACAAUAUAUCUGUUUUAGUACAGGUGUCUGCAUGUUCUUAUGACAAAUUAAUUAUUUGUUCUUGGAGUAAGUUUAGCAUAAGUGCAAUUUAUUACCUACUAGGUUAGUAUUUUUUCUGUCGGUUUUUGUAUUAGUAUUUUUCCUAGCAAACAGAAUAUCUUUUUGAAUGUAAUGGUAUAACAACAAAUUAGCAUGCAUCAUCUGUCUAGAACACAGUUCCCAGAAUGCAUCUUAAAUUAAAACCAAGAGGUUGUAUUAUAAAGGGGAAAAAACUGUUACAAGUGCAUGGGGAUGUGUUGCAAGCGUUGUAUUGUUAAUGCAGAUUUACACUGAGUCAUCUUCUGACACUUUUUACAGCUCUCUACCAUUUAUAAAGUAGAGAAAAACAAGAAUUUUUCUUCCGUAAAUUUAGUUUUGAUUUUUUUCUGGGUUGUGUCACAUUCACCGUUUUUUUUUUCGAAAUGUGCGCGCAUGCACACGCACACAGAAUAGUUUAUGUUGUUGUUGUAGGUUAAACAAUGUUUCUACCUAGUGUUUAUUUCGCACUAUGUCGAAGAUGUUCAUGAACUGGGAUGCUCCGAGAAAAAAAAAAACCUUUACUACCAAGCCUCUAAACACAUAUAGAGAACGUGACCGAGACGAAAUCUGAACCCAGAACCUUUUAAUCCUCACUGACACGGGGACAAGGAAGACCAGCACACUGUCGGUCCCACUUUCCAAUCCACGUGACACCUUUCCCUUUCAGUUUAUUCCCUCUUCCCUCCAUCUCUGUCUUCAGUUCUCUCUCUCUCCCAGUCUCCCAUUCAUGGCUGUGUGUGUACACAUGUGCAAGCACGUGCCAGUGUGUGGUUGAGAGCGCGUGAGUGUGAGCGGGCCUGCACUGACAUAAAUGAACGAAAUUUUUAAUCAGUCCGUCGGUGUUUGGGUUUCUCUGGCGUUUACAUUGGAAUCCUGUCUUUGAUCACAAGCCCACCAUCACUCGCUUCCAUUGUCCCGUCCUCCAGCGGACCGAUAUGAUGGCUUGAUCGGCAAACAACUAAGGCUACCCCCUUUCCCCUCCAUUAACAACCUUCCGAGGGGGAAUCUACAGCGCAUGCGCAGAGCAGGCCAACAUGGAGUCUUUAGACCAUCAGUAGUUUCUCCUCCCUUGUCUGGACAUGCACGCCCUCAAGAUUGCUGCUCUUUGUACAGCUUCGAUCUUGUCAAGAGUUCAUCAUUUCAUCGGGGCCUUUUUUCUAAGUAAGAAAAUACAGAAAUGUAGCUGUGACCACGAGAAAUUCUGCUAAAUAGCUGAAUGAUGUAGAAACUAUUGCUUUAGUAGAGAUCUCUUCAAAAUGUAGGACGCAGACGAAUGUUAUCGACCAUCGUGGACAAAGAACAUGAAAAAAUACAGAGUUUAGCUACAGGAUAUGGUUGCGUGGACAACAAUAUGUAGAAGGAAUAAUUCUGUCAACAUGAUUUACGGGAUGUGGUUGUCAGACAAAGUGGGUGGAACAGCCAUCGAUGAAAAAAUUACCCACAAUGCACGUGAAAGAUGAUUAGACAACACAGGGCCAAUAUAUGAUUACACAGGGUAAAUAUAUGAUAUUUUUUAAAAAAUGAGCUACCGAUGGUAAUGAUAAACGGUAAGGGAAACCCAAUUACUUGGACGCGAAGACCAUUUAAAAAAGAAAGAAGGAAGAAAGAAUUCGUUUCAUUGCCCAGCAGAAGCUCGAUAUAUGUUCUUGAGAAAAGAAUGGGCAGCUGUGCGGUGCGCAGAAUGUUCCAGACAUUAAUAAAUAAUAACCAAAUAUUAGGUUCCUUUCACGACAGAGGCCUUGUUCUUCGGGCUCCCGUGUUACACGUGCUGAACCAAGGUUUGAAUCGGCGACGGUUGACGGUCUCUAUCAGAGGUUUGUUCGGGAAGAUUCCAAUCGAUGCUGAGCAGUUGUCAACUGAAAAAGCGCAAAAUUGUGUUGAAAGCUGUUGAUGUCUUUGGCCUGUAGUUCACGCGCGCGCAUGCGUGUAUGCGUGUCUGUGAGCGUGCAUGUGAAUAUGUCCAUGUGUAUGUGAGUGUGUAUGUGAAGAAAGAGAUAACGAGUCAGAGAGAGCAUGUGUUAUCACUAAGAUGGGUGAGAAAUCCUUAAUUUAUUUUUUUUUAUUUUUAUUUUUGGUGGGAGGGGAAGGGGAACAGAAACAUAAAUGAAAAGAUCCAUGCAGUUAACCGCCAUUCUCUAUCAAUGACCGAGUUCAAUAAAAGAGAUGAAGAGGAGUAAAAUGUAAGACAAAGAAGCUUUUAGUGAAACCUUUUAGGCUUUCACUUGUUUGGAAAUAAAACUCUUCUUCUGUUCCCGGUUUUCAAACAGCAGUAAGAAGCAUCCAUUCCCCAUUUUGUAAGUGGCAUAAGAUGUUAUGGUGAGCAAUACUCAGCCUGGCUUCUAGUUGUACAAGCCGCUGGUUGGCAGAAUUGCCUCGGCAAAUAAUUCCUUACACAAAUUAAGCAAAAGAGUGUUAUAACAAAUUUUCUGAGGAAAUCAAAUCAUUCACAUCGCAUUUCAUUGGGACAGGGGGAUAAGUGGAAAGCAAGCAAAAUGAUGGCAGAAGUCGGGUUAAGAUAAAUAUCACAACCUGAUCAACGGUGUCCUUAAUUAAUUAAUAUAAUAAUCAGAGUGCGCGUGACCACAUAAACAAGAGCUAAGUAGUAAAUCGUCUUGAUUGAUGUCAAAAGCUGCUACCAUCGAAGCUUGUGUAUGUGUAUGUGUGUGUAUGUGUAUGUGUAUGUGUAUGUGUAUGUGUAUGUGUAUGUGUGUAUGUGUAUGUGUAUGUGUAUGUGUAUGUGUGUAUGUGUAUGUGUGUGUGUGUAUGUGUAUGUGUGUAUGUGUAUGUGUGUAUGUGUAUGUGUAUGUGUAUGUGUAUGUGUAUGUGUAUGUGUAUGUGUAUGUGUAUGUGUAUGUGUAUGUGUAUGUGUAUGAGUAUGCUAUAUACAUGACUUUUAUGGGCGCGCGUGCUUAUGCAUGUUUUGUGUGUAGUUAUUUCACGUGUGUGUUCCGAAAACUUGUCAUAAAAUACUGACACUUACUGACACUUACCAGGAUAGGUGAAGAUUAUCUCCUGCAUCAUAAAAUAUUAAUAACAAUUUAUUAAAAUAUUUAUAACAUGGGGAUGGAGAGACCGGUAGAUUAUAUUGUCUGGAGUUCAGCACAUUACAUGAUGUGGCACCAUAAUAUGACAAAUCAUACACACCCCCAGUGAUCCUUCUACAUUAACUUCAACAAAUAAACGGCAGAAACUCGGUAAAUUCUUGUAGAACUUUUCUUUCUUUUCCGAUGCAAGAAAAAUCCACUGACCACUAUGCAAAAAAAAUGACAAAUCCUUUUGUACUGAACUUCAAAGAAGCACGUGUGUGUAUACAAACUAUGUUGUCGUACUUUCUAUACUGUACCAUCGAUUUUAUCUUUCUUACACCAUUAUUAUCUUUUUAAAUUCCUAUACGCUAAUACUGAUUUGUACUACAUUCCUAUACGAUAUUUAUUGCUCUUCCUUGUUCUUCCACAGACUGCCUACUGUUCGAAGCGUUGUUAAUACUCGAAUAAAAUAUGUAAAACGAAG